UUUGCAGGUUUAAAUUAACUUGUACUUAUAUUCAGCGUCAAACAUCAAAGUCGAUUUGAGUUACUUGGAUCUUUUUUGAUAAUUUACCCCAGGUAUAGUUUCAUAGUGGCAAAUUAAUCAACGGAAAGAUCCAGUUUACAUGAAUACGUUAUAGGGAUUUUUUUAAAAUCUAAAAUGGCAAUACAAUGCUAAAUUUGAAUAACGAUCCAUGUUAAUUAUAUUGUUCAUAAAAAAAAUUGCUUUUACUAUUAAUUUUGUUUAUACGUUGCUGGUAUUAAUAAUGUUAAAAUUAUAAUUUUCAAACUUUACCUAUCAUUUUUGUAACUAACAACACUGAUUUUGCUAUUGCGUCAUGCAUUGUCGCGAAAGACAGGUCUGUGGAUUUUUUAUUGUAGGAUUGGAUUCUAAAUUCAAAAACGUGGUACUGUGCAUUGUGUGAACGGUGUAAUGGGAUAAAAAAUGAGGAGGGUAGACCGUAUAUUUGGAGCGCUGGUCGAUACGACUCCAAAAACUAUUUGUAACGACAAAAAUGGUGAGAAUAGCGAUUCUAAAUUAUUUGCAAGUAAGGCAUGCUAUGACAAGAAUGAAAAAAAUGAUGAAAAUAGGCAUAAAAGUUAUCUUGAUAUGCAGGCUGAGAAAGUUUUGGAACGCAAACAGGAUCAAAUAACUAGUGAAAAUGUGACUAAACAUUCUAAGCAACCGGUGUUAGAACUACUAACCAGCAACAUUGAAAUUAAUGAUAUGAUGAUGAUAGAUUCGCCAUUGGCACCACUGUUUUCACCACUGACCCCAUUAAUAAAUAGGAAGGAUGAUAAACACAGAAACCAAAGUUCUGUUGAUAUGCAAACUGAGAAAGCUAUGGAACGCAAACAGGGUCACAUAACUAGUGAAAAUGUGACUAAGCAUUCUAAGCAACCGGUGUUAGAACUAACCAGCAAUAUUCAAAUGAAUGAUAUGAUGCUGAUAGAUUCGCCAUUGGCACCACUUUAUUCACCACUGACCCCAUUGAUCAAUAGAAUGGAUGAUGAGCACAGAGACCAAAGUACGUAAAGUAGUAAUUAUGUCUUGUAUAUUUUUAAUGGUUAUGGUAUUUUAAUUUAUAUUUUUAAUUUUUUCUUUGAAUAUUGUAGGUAGAAAGGAAAACUCAUCGCCACUGCAUCCUAUGUCACCUGACACUUUAAAUCUACUGACAACAUUUCGUGAAGCAUUGAAUGAAGACUUAGAUAAGAGCUACGAAGAAGAAGACAGUUUUACAGGAGUUAAAAAAUUGGAU